GCCAAUGACGAGCUCGCCAAGUGGUAUGGUCCCGACAGGAGGAUUUUCCUCCCCGACGGGUUAUUGGACCGAUCCGAGAUCCCCGAAUACCUGAACGGAGAAGUCCCCGGAGACUACGGUUACGACCCCUUCGGACUCAGCAAGAAGCCAGAGGACUUCAGCAAAUACCAAGCAUUUGAGUUGAUCCACGCACGAUGGGCCAUGCUUGGAGCUGCUGGGUUCAUCAUCCCUGAGGCCUUCAACAAAUUCGGUGCCAACUGCGGCCCUGAGGCUGUGUGGUUCAAGACUGGAGCUCUGCUUCUUGAUGGAAACACAUUGAAUUACUUUGGAAACAACAUUCCGAUCAACCUCAUUGUCGCGGUCGCUGCAGAGGUUGUUCUUGUCGGUGGUGCAGAGUACUACAGAAUCAUCAAUGGCUUGAACUUUGAGGACAAGCUCCACCCGGGCGGUCCGUUCGACCCGUUGGGGCUGGCGGACGACCCGGACCAGGCGGCGAUCUUGAAGGUGAAGGAGAUCAAGAAUGGAAGACUGGCAAUGUUUGCAAUGCUGGGGUUUUACUUCCAGGCCUACGUGACCGGAGAAGGGCCGGUGGAGAAUUUGGCGAAGCAUUUGAGCGAUCCUUUUGCAAACAAUUUGCUCACAGUCAUUUCUGGGAAUGCAGAGAGAGUUCCAACUCUUUGAACACUGCAAGUAUGAGAGUAUUGAAUGGAAGUGUUGAAUGUGUUUGUAAAUUUGUAUUGAGACUAUUUGUAGCCUCUGACCACUCACUCUCAGUGCAUUUAAAAGAGCUAUGAACAAGAGUUUGAUAUCAAAUUUUCUGUCAACUUAA